AGAAUUGGGACUGCAAUCCAGGCACCUGUUUCCAAAGCCCGCAGGCUAUCCUGUGGCACAUGGUGUCACCUCAGUUGCCUCUGACCAUCAGGGGACGUCAUCCGUCCACACGUUCAGUCCUGGAUGAGGUUUUGAGGGGCCACCUCCCACAGUGCUUUAUUGCUUUCUUGGCACCCUCGGGGAGACUCUGCAGCCCUUUAAAAGAGACAGAGUCUGAAGCAAGAUCAGCAGCCCGGUCCCGGAGAUAAGAGUGUCCAGAAGAGCAGGUGCAGGUUCCCCAGGCAGCUCGGGCACGAGCAGGUUCCAGGCCACUUUGGCGCUGAUGUCUGCAGAGGCAGCUGUGUCUAUGUGUGACCGUGAAUUUGGCAGUGGCAAGGCGAAGAAGCUAAGCAUGGGAGGCAGGUGUCGUGGGUCCUGGUAUGAGUGGUUCCUGCAGCCCUGUCUGGUGGAACUGCUGGGCUCUGCCCUCUUCAUCUUCAUCGGCUGCCUGUCGGUCAUCGAGAACGGGACAGACACAGGGCUGCUGCAGCCGGCCCUGGCGCACGGGCUGGCCCUGGGUCUCCUCAUCGCCACACUGGGGAAUAUCAGUGGUGGACACUUCAAUCCUGCGGUGUCCCUGGCAGCCACGCUGAUCGGAGGCCUCAACCUGGUGAUGCUCCUUCCCUAUUGGAUCUCCCAGCUAUGUGGGGGGCUGAUCGGGGCUGCCUUGGCCAAGGUGGUGAGUCCUGAAGAAAGAUUCUGGAACGCAUCUGGGGCGGCCUUUGUGACAGUCCAGGAGUCGGGGCAGGUGGUGGGGGCAGUGGUGGCAGAGCUCAUCCUGACGACACUGCUGGCCCUGGCCGUAUGCAUGGGCGCCAUCAACGAGAGGACACAGGGCCCUCUGGCUCCAUUCUCCAUCGGCUUUGCCGUCACUGUGGACAUCCUGGCAGGGGGAGCCGUAUCUGGAGCCUGCAUGAAUCCUGCCCGUGCCUUUGGACCUGCCGUGGUGGCCAAUCACUGGGACUUCCACUGGAUCUACUGGCUGGGCCCGCUCCUGGCCAGUCUGCUCGUAGGAGUGCUCAUCAGGCUCUUCAUUGGAGAUGGGAAGACCCGCCUAAUACUAAAGGGACAGUGACUCCAAGCUGGUGAUGUUCCUGCGGCCCAGGUGGCCUCUGGGUUACAGACAGGCCACCUCCUGCAUUUCCUGCUGGGACAGAAGCCCAAGGAGCUGCCCACCUCCUUCCCCAUACGUGUGCCUGGCCUCUCAGAUGCCAAGUUCUGAGGAUGCUCUAGGUUCUCUGAAUACCUUCGUGCUCAUCAGAGACCCCAGCCUGGGGAGCGUGUUGCCAGCCCUGCCCAGCACCGCAAAUCAGAGGGGCUUGAGGGGUUUUUCUUGAUCGGGAAACUCCCAGGAGCAGAAGAGCAGUUGGAAGCCGUGGCUGUUUACAUUAUGAGUUCCUUUCUCCCUCCCCCUUUCUUUCUCCUUUUCCUGGUCCCCGACUCCUCUGUUACAGAAGGGCCUGCUGUGCUCUGUUUCCUUGCUCCCUGAGCUGCCAGUCUAGCUUUGCAAUAAAUAGUCUAGUAUUUCCGUUGGUGUGGACUUGCUUUUUCAUUUCAGAAAUGAGCACUGCUGGAGAGAAAGCAGAAGUCUGGGUUGGGCCUUAGCCAUCUAGAGUCUAGUUAUCAGGGGUCUGGCUUAGAGUCCACUGCCAAGGUAGGUACUUAGGAUGCAGGCCACCCCAGAGCCCGUCUCUUACUCAGCCAGAUCCCUCUCGGAGCUCUGCCAGGAACUCAGAGUCAGCCUCUGAUAACAGACUGUAGGGUCCUG